AUGUACUCGCAGCACCACGGCGGCCCGGCCGGCGGCGGCGGCGGGAGCAGCAGCGGCAGGGGCGGAGGGGGCGGCGUGCUGGCGGGGUGGCGCAGCUGGUGGGUGACGCGGCGCUUCAAGGCGUCCGUGCUGGAUCCCACCCUCGCCAUCUUCCGCGGGGGGGUUCCGCCGAAGCAGCUGGCGUUCUCGCUUGCGGCAGGCUUCACUGCCGGCCUCUUCCCCCUCUGUGGUCUCACAGCAGUGCUGUGCACGGCAGUAGCAUUCCUACUCAAUGCGUGUGGCGUGCCCGCCCAUGCGCCAUCCAUGAUGGCUGCGACCUUCCUUGCCACACCCUUUGAACUCAGCCUCAUCAUCCCGUACAUGCGGCUGGGCGAGUUUAUAUUCCAAGCGGACCGACUCUCUGUAUCGCCAUCGGCGCUGGUCGGCGCACUCACAGGAAAAUCCUCCUCUCGCUUGCUCAUGGGGCUUGUGCAUGCGGUGGUUGCAUGGCUCAUCACAUCCCCCUUCCUCACGUGGAUACUGUACCGCGUGCUGCUCCCACUCACCACGCGCAUCAAGAGGCGAACGGGGGGUGUUGGAAUAGGGAGCUCGUGGGAAGGCAGCGAGGGAGGAUCGAUCAGUAUUGACUCGGGAAGGGGCCAGCGCGCAUCACUAGCGCUCGCCAUGUCAUGGCUGGCGCCCGGUGACAGCAGCGCACGUGACGACCUGCAGCGCCGGAUGCGCGUUUCCUGCAGCCGCGGCCAGAUCCGCGACUGCUGCUUCUGUCGCGCGGCUGCCGUGACCUCCUCGCUUGACAACCUGCGCGCUGCAGCUCCUUGCGCGCGACUGCUGUUCAUGGGGCUCGUGGCGAUCGGCAGCAGCGGCUGGCGCACGACUGCAGCAGCAUGCGCGCCGCUGCAUUACAUCGCAUGUGGCGGCUUCUGCUGGUGGCGCACGGCUGCUGCUCCUGGCGGCCCACUGCUGCUACUCCUGGCGGCCCACUGCUGCUACUCCUGGCAGCGCACGGCUUUCUCCUUCCUGCCAAGGUGA